AUCAGCAUUUUGCAGUAGAUACUAUAAAAAUUUUAAAAAGGGUUCAAUAGUUUAUCAAAUAGUAUAUGUUGGAAGUGUACACACUGUUCCCAGGUUCGCAACGUGCGGCAAACGUACUAUGAGAACAGCUGACUACAUGUUAUUUACGCGUCUAGAGUAGUGUAGAGGGAAGUGCCGUUCACGUAUUAUUUUAUCAAUUGUUCUAGAAAUCUUCAAAUUACUUUAACCUUUAAUCUUAUAAUAAUGUUUGGAUUAAUAAUUUCUGGGCGUUUGCCGCAAACUGACUUCACGCCGGUAGAUGAAAAUAAAGUCGUAAUAAAUGUGCCAGACAUAGAUCAUGUAAAUUAUAUUGUAGUAUUUUUAACUGGGUUGACAGCACUUCCUGAAGGAACAGCAGCUGCGGUUUACUUCAGCUGGCCGGACGCAAAUUCAGCUCCCACAUGGCAAUACCUGGGUCACAUUUCCAACGCCAAGCCGUCAGCGAUAUUUAAAAUAUCCCAGCUGAAGAAAAGUCACGAAUUGGAAGCGGCGGAGCAUGGAAUGAUUUUUGGAGCACAAGAGAUCUCCCACACAGCGCAAAUAGGUAUAUCCGUUGAGCCAGAACUUACAAUUUCUCAGUUGACACCUGCGGUGCAAAAUGCAAAUGCAAAUCUUCAGUUCAGUCAAAAGAUGCUAGAGAAUUUUUUCAACUAUGCGUCCAGUUUUACGAUGUCUCCACAACAAAUCUCCCCAAUGAGUAGUGAAACACUUGUACCUCUCUCGACGUUACAGAAUUGGUACACAAAUUUCCAGAGACGGAUGGCCCAAAACCCAAAUUUCUGGAAGUAUUGACUUUAUAUAUAUCUGCGCCCGCCAAAAUAUAUUUUCGAUAUCUACAAACACCUGGAUACGCGUUCACUUGUGAGACAUGCUCAAGUAUUGGGAAAAAACUAAAAAUAUUCCGUGUGAACAUAUUUGAUUAAGCUUGUUUCAUUUUAUAAGUAUCAUUUACCAAUAAAUGCAGUGUUUUUACAUACAGUACAGAAAGAAGAAUUAUGAAAGCAAUGGCAAAAUUUAAUUUUAUAUUUAAUUUAUAAUGUCAAAAACAUGAGAAGUAUUUUACUAAUAAAAUUACAAUUUUAUAA